CUGCUGGUUGGACGGAACAGCAGAAAAAACCAACUCACAGACGGACAAGUUCACACCGUGUAUUUAAAAAACCGGCGGGAUAAUACAAACAAAUAUUUUUCUUUAUCAAUUACACCAGCACCAGCUCUCAGAGUAAACAAACAAAAAUUCUAUUCCUAGAAUUACUAAUUAAUCCAAAAAAUAUUGCCUCCAAUUAGAACGGAAUCAGAAAAGUUUUUGGCUUUCGAGAAAAAAAAAUUAAAAAUACAACUAGACGAAAUAUAUAUUCUGCUUUGUGAAAACAAGAACCUCAGAAGUUUUGAGAACAAAUAAACUUUUUAUGUGUGGCAAAAGUUUUUAAAUUUACCUGGCAAUUCCUCUUUGUUUACAUCAUUACGAAUUGCGGGGAAAAAAUUGUUGGCCGAUAAUGAACUCAAAACACCUAGCAACUACAGACAUGGAUAUGGAUUAUAUGUCCAACACGAGUGGCAAUAUAUCAGCCACCACAGUAGCGGCAUUCACCACAACUCUAGGUGAUUCUAAUUCCACGGAUAGUAAUUCAAGUGGUUAUUCAACUGAGAUGGACACGGAGGAAGUAUCUGGAGAGGAUGAGGAGAUGCUGAGAAUAGCGUUCUUUAUAGGGGAUUUUGUACAUCAGUACUAUAUCCCGGUACUCUGCUGCACGGGCAGCAUUGGGAAUAUCCUGUCGGUGGUUGUUUUCUUCAAGACCAAGUUGCGGAAACUAUCCUCCAGCUUCUACCUGGCUGCAUUGGCCGUCAGCGACACCUGCUUUCUGGCCGGACUCUUCGCCCAGUGGCUGAACUUCCUCAACGUGAACAUCUACAACAGGAACUACUUCUGCCAGUUUUUCACCUUCUUCAGCUACUUGGCCAGCUUCUGCUCCGUUUGGUUUGUGGUCGCCUUCACCGUGGAGCGCUUCAUCGCCGUAAUCUAUCCGCUGAAGCGCCAGACCAUGUGCACCGUUCGCCGGGCAAAGAUCGUGCUCUCUUGCCUCACCUUCGUGGGAUGCCUGCACUGUCUGCCCUAUAUAGUGAUUGCCAAGCCGGUAUUUGUGCAUAAACUGAACGCCACCAUCUGCGAUCUCAACUCGGAAUAUAAAGAACAACUGGCCCUCUUCAACUACUGGGACACCAUUAUUGUCUAUGCGGUGCCGUUCACCACCAUUGCUGUGCUGAACACCUGUACAGGUUGCACGGUGUGGAAAUUCGCAACCGUUCGCCGAACACUAACCAUGCACAAGAUGAAACCACAAACGAACAGCUUGCCAUCGAACUCGUCAAACUCAUCCGGAGCAGCAUCUGCAGUGGCGUCGUACCGCAUUUCGACUUCGCUGAAGCGUCAGAAGUCGACGGGAGCGCAACCAGGCGGACAAAACAAUGUUGCCUUGGGGCAAACGGAUGAGCAGGAACAACAGCAGCCACAACAACAUCAAAUAAACAAUUGCCAGCACCACUGUGAGAUUACACAGAAACCAGCUCGUCGCAAGGUACAAAACUCAUCACAGAUCAAGGUAACCAAAAUGCUGCUCAUUGUCUCAACGGUUUUUGUCUGCUUGAACUUACCCAGCUGCCUGCUGCGCAUCGAGGCCUAUUGGGAGACGGAGUCCGCCAGAAACGAGAAUUCAACAAUUGCCCUGCAAUAUAUUUUUCACGCUUUUUUCAUCACCAAUUUCGGGAUAAACUUCGUGCUUUAUUGCGUCAGCGGACAGAAUUUCCGCAAAGCCGUAUUGAGCAUUUUCCGGAGGGUUUCAUCCGCUCAACGGGAGGCGGGAAACACCCAAGUGACAGUUUCAGAAUAUUGUCGUAAUACUGGCACCUCCACACGCCGUCGUAUGAUGACGCAGCAUUGUUGGAACGAAAUGCACGAGUUGCAUCCACUCAAAUAAAUAGCAGAGCUUACACAGAAAUUAACUUAGAGGCUUCAAAGGCCACCGGAAGAUUGCGAAAUACGCAGCGGGAUAAGCAGGAAUUUCGUUUUUAAUUAGAUAUCAGAAAACGUUAAAAAAUAAGAGGACGAAGAAAGUAAAAAUUACAAAAUUAAGUAUACAAAGUGAAGAAACAAAAGCGAAAGAUUUGUUUGUGAUGUUUGUCAAGGCCAAGCAAAAUGAAAAUAAAAACAGAAAUCAAAAUUAAGAAUGUAUACACCGCAUUACAUGAAUUUAAGUGUUUAAAUAAUCAUGUAGUAAUAAAAUUAUUAGUUGCUGUUUUGCUUCACGUCUAUUAAUAAAGCCUAGUCCAAUUUAUAUCCGCACGCUAAUUUAAUUAAAUGCUAACCACAAAUACAAAUUGAAAACGUCAAACGUAAAACCCAAUAGAUUAGAUUAAUUCAAAUGUACUCUUGUCUAACCAACCAACGCUAAAAUGUACGUACACAAGUAAUAAAUGUUAAUUUCGUUCAA